AUGGCUGACCUCUGCACUUUCCUCCUCAACGAGAGUCAGGCUGCCGUGGCUGGCGGUCGCGAGCCAUGUUUUCACAUGUCUCCCACUCUGUCGACUGCUGUGGAUCAGGUUGCCAUGAACGGCGCGAUUGCCCACAGCGAGGGCAAUGGUCAGCUCUUUCUUGACUUCAUCGAUACCAUUGGAUUGCAGUUCCAUGCUUUCAACCUGUCCAAGACUGUAGCCUUCGAUGCUCCUGAGUUCGAGGCUCUCGACAUUCACCAGAAAUUUACUUUCACCGCGAUUAUGGACGAGGUCAUUGGCGAGGACACUCUUAUUGUCGGAGACGGCAUCGCUCCGAACAGACUUUUCAUCGGUCCUCUGCGCGGUUUCCAACAGUUCGACCCCUUCACUGGAGCUUACGCUCUUCGAGCUGCACAGGGCAGUGUGAUUCCUACAUUCCAGCUCAAUGGAACCCAGACCUGGGCAGGAAUCGCCUUCUUCCUCAACAAUGGAGGAGCCAUGCCUCCUCUGCCACCCCAGCAGCAGCACCUGACCACCGGUGAUGCUUCGACUGAAGCUUCCACUCCUGCUUCGACCGAGAACACCACAGAUCACAUUCCUCGUCCCCCUAACCCCUUUAUUAUCUACCGUGCUGCUCACCACCGGACUGUCUCUGAGGCCCACCCUGACGCAUCCAACAUCGAGAUCUCCAAGAAGAUCGGACGUCAGUGGCAGAGCGAGAGCGAGGAAGUCCGUGACGCCUACCGAAAGAAGGCUGCCGACAUCAAGGCUGCUUUCAUGAUAGCCCACCCCGACUACAAGUACCAUCCUCGCAAGUCGUCUGAGGUUAAACGCCGUGCCAAAAAGAAUGUCGACAAGUCUACCAACGCGCAGUCGAAUGACACACUGUCGACCACCAGUCAGUCAGACUACACCGAGGACGAUGACGAGGAGUAA